AUGGAACACUCUCAGGUUGUUUUAAAUGCGGUAGUUAACCAAAAUAACCCAGAUAACAACAUCCGAAAGAAUGCUGAAAUAGAAUUCAAUCAUAUGUGUGGUCAGGAUCCAUCUUCAGUGACAUAUAUCUUGAAUCAGCUGUCAAUAAAUGAAGAGUUACCGAUAGAUAUUAGGCAAUCAUGUCUAUUACAUUUACGGAGAAUGGUUCCUAAGUAUUGGUCGUUGGCAUUCCAAUCAUUUGUUGGACCACCAGUCAAUCAAGAAUUGAAGCAGAUGGUAAGGCAAAAUUCUAUUCAAUUGGCAACGUCAACUAAUAAUUCUAAAUUAAGAUCGGGAAGUUCCUAUGUUAUUGUUCAAAUUGCGGCCUCUGAUUAUCCUGAUGAGUGGCCAGAUUUGUUGAAUCAAUUAUUUAUGCUGACGACAAACUAUGACAAUAGAAACGCAAUGAUCGGUGGGUUGACUGUUUUGAAUGACUUGUUUGAUGACUUGAUUUCUGAAGACCAGUUCUGGGAUGGUGGUGUAGGUGGCGAAUUGACUAAUCAUAUUAUCAAGUUGUUAAAUAACGAGACGAUUGAAUCUGAUAUCAAGACCACCUGCAUCAAAUUGUACCAGAGCAUCUUAAAUGUGUUGCAAAGUCCUGAAUCAUUCACAAGUGAACAGAGGAAAAUUUCAGUUUACCAGCAUGUAAGCUCAUCAGUAGAUUUAUUUGUGGCCCUCUUGGAUAAAUCUAUUGUUAGUUCGAUUUCUACAGCUGGUAACCCGGUAAUGUUAAGCGCAAUUUAUUUCAGAACGUAUAUUUACAAGACCUUGAAUAGCUUUUUGGGUAGUUUCAACAGAAGAAUUGUUUUAAAUGUUAAGCAAUCUAUAAUGGGACUCGUAUUAAAGGAUUUUAAACAUGUAUCCAAGUAUUAUAAAAGUGUUGUGGUAUCGGAGGAUAACGAUACAGCGAUUGUAACCACUCCUGAAUUAUCACUGCCUAUCGAAGUUCUUUCAAACUUAAUCAUAGAGCUCUUGCUGACGGUAUCUGUAUUGCAAAAUGACAUUCAUAUUUCAAACGACAUGAAUGCUUUACAUGAAUUUAUUCAAGACUUAGUUGAAUGUUCAUUGUUGCCACGAGAAACUAUUCAGCAGUAUGAAUCUGACUUUAAUGUAUAUGUAACUGAUAUAACUGGCUUAUCUUCAACCACAUCAGUGCGUGAUUCUGUCAAUGAAUUAUUUUCUGAAUUGAAUGAUCAGGAUGCAAGCCUGGUGUUUAAUUUAAUUAUCCAGUAUAUGACUUCUGCAGAUAAUUACAAAUGGGAGUUAAAGGAAUGCUAUUUGUAUUUAUUUGAAAGUUUAUUGAUGAAUGAAGAUUCUACACAUAUUGGAAAAAAUGCAUCUUUGACAGAUUUAUUAAAUAUUGCAACAAAAUUCAUAUCGUAUGAGAAUUCUCCUGAAAAUCAUCAGUUAGUAAUUUCUAGAUGCUUUUUACUCCUACCAAAAUUUUUUUCAAAAUUUGAAGAUGAAUUAUCACUAGACAGUUUCGGUAUUAAAGCUUUUGUGGAUAUGAUCAAAUUUACUUCUAACUAUAAUGAUGAGGAUGAUUUAUUUUCUUUGGUAAAGGUUAGUGUAUUAGUUAGUUGUACAUUCUAUAAACAAUUAUUGAAUUUUGAAAAAUCACCCGAUUCUUCUACCAGGCAAGAAGUCCAAUUAGCUAUUUUCCAAAUAACUUUGUCAUUAGUUGAAGAAAGUGAAGAAGAUAGCUUACCAGCAUUAUUGGAAGCAAUUACUGUUGGAAUAGACCUAGAUAAUGAAUAUGCAUCAAAAGCGGUUGUUUCCGAUGAAACGAGUGUUCUAGGAUUAAUUUUUAAAAUUUCUUUCCAAGACUCAGCCAAUCUCCAAUUAACGGUCGAUUCUUCAGAAUGUUUAAGAGCUUUAUUAGGUGAUAUAUCAAUUACUGAUUACAUGAUAAGCUGCGAAAAGUCAUUGCCAUUCAUCUUAACUAUAAUUCAAAAUUCUCUCGCCACUGGAAAAGCUGAAUAUUCGCCUGAUUUAGAUUUGGCAUUAGAAUUGCUUAGUGUCAUCAUUGAUUCAUCGCCUGACAACUCUGAAUUCCCUAAUGAAGUAUUCAAUUACGCAUUUCCGGUUUUGAACAAGUUGAUUCUUCUCUCAACUGAUGACCAAAUUUUACAGAGUGCGGGCCAGGUGUUUAACAACAUAUUACAAAAAGCAUCAAAAUCAUUUAUAGAUUAUAUUGAUGCCGAGACUAAGAAAUCCGGAAUGGAUUUAUUAUUAACAAUUGUCUCCAAAUUCCUCUCGCCUGACUUAUCAGAUAGUGCUGCAAUGGAUUGUGGUUCUAUUGUAUUAUCAUUAAUUAACAAAUUCCAAUCAUAUUUAAGCAAUGAUUUCUUGAUGCAAAUUCUCGAAGCAACUGUUCGAAGAGUAGUAGCUGCAAAAGAAGUCAUUACUAUUGAAAACUUAAUCAUGGUAUUUUGUAACUUGGUUUUAACUUCUUCUGCGGACAUGAUUAAUUUUUUGAGCAAUGAUAUUAAGCUUCAAGAUCCUAAAACGGGAGAAAAAAAAUCAGGCCUUGCGCUUGUUUUACCUAUAUGGUUCCUGUCCUUCGAAAUAACAAGAGGAUAUGAAAAGAUUAAACAAAAUACUUUAGCCUUAGGCAAAAUUUUCACAUUAAAUUCGGAAAGUGUUCAAAUGUUGAUUGUCGAUGGUGACAUUAUUCCGUAUCAGGGAGACUUAAUUCGUACAAGGUCCAUGACAAAGGCGAUGCCAGAUCAGUAUACUCAGAUUUCAGCGCCACAAAAGAUUUUGAAACUUUUAAUCAGCGAAUUGAAUUUCCAGUGUCAACAACCAAAUGCUAAUGAUUAUUUGCCUGAAGCAGACGACGAUGGAGACGAUGAGGGAUGGGAAGAUAUGGAUGAUAUUGGAGUACCAAAUUAUGAGAAGUUGAAAUCUUAUGUUGAUUCAGAUCAUGACGAAGAGUAUGAUGACCAAAAAGGUAAUGAUGAUUUGAAAAUUAUCUUGGUCCAAUUUUUCAAAGAAUGCACUACAAAAAACUUAGGCGACUUCCAGAAAUACUACGAACUAUUGGAUGAUGAUGAAAAGAAAAUUUUAACUGAGAAUAUUGCUUUUUAG